CCUCUAUUCACUUCUCCUCAUUCAUUCACAAAUUUCCACCCUCUCUUCUCUUCUUCUUUUUACAUAAUUCUUGAAGUCAUACAAAGCAAUGGCUACUACUUUCUUUUUCUUGAUUUUGGCAACUUGUGUACUAGUAUUAUCAGCCUUCUUAUUUCUUUUUAGGAUUAAGCCUUAUUGUGAGUGUGAGAUUUGUAAAGGGUACUUGAAUUCUAGCUGGACUUUAGAGUUCAAGAAUCUAUGUGAUUGGUACUCUCAUCUGCUGAAAAAGUCACCAAGUGGGACAAUACAUGUUCACGUUCUUGGAAAUGUAAUUACAGCAAAUCCCAAGAACGUUGAAUACAUGCUCAAAACAAAAUUCGAAAAUUUCCCAAAAGGGAAACAAUUUUCUACAAUCUUGGGUGAUCUUUUAGGCCGAGGAAUAUUCGCCGUUGACGGAAAAUUAUGGAAUUUUCAACGAAAAAUGGCGAGUUUAGAACUUGGAAGCGUAUCGAUACGUUCGUACGCUUUUGAGAUCGUUGGAGAUGAAAUUAGAAACCGGUUAAUUCCUCUUUUGGAAAGUAACCAAAAUGGCAACGUUGUGGACUUGCAAGAUGUUUUAAGGCGGUUCUCGUUUGAUAGUAUAUGUAAAUUCUCAUUUGGUAUGGAUCCUGGUUGUUUGAAACUAUCGUUGCCAGUUUCAGAUCUUCAAGUUGCAUUUGAUUUAGCUUCUAAAUUGUCAGCUGAAAGAGCGAUGACAGUUUCCCCUUUAGUUUGGAAAAUCAAAAGGGCUUUAAAUAUUGGAUCAGAAAAGCAGUUGAAAGAAGCUAUCAAAAUGGUUGAUAUGCUUGCUGAGGAGGUAAUAAUGCAUAAAAGAAAAAAUGAUUUUUCUUCCCAAAAUGACCUUUUGUCCAGGUUCAUGAGGAAUAUUGAUGAUGACAAACUCCUUAGGGACAUUGUUGUCAGUUUUCUUUUAGCGGGAAGAGACACUGUUGCUUCAGCUUUGACUACUUUCUUUUGGCUAUUAAAUCAAAAUCCACAAGUCAUAGAUGAAAUCCUAGCUGAGUCGAGCCGGGUCAUGGGAGAAACAGAAAAGGCAACACUUGCUACUUUUGAGGAAAUUCGAAAAAUGCAUUAUUUGACCGCAGCGGUACACGAGAGUAUUAGGCUAUUUCCACCUGUUCAAUUCGAUUCGAAGUUUUGUCAAGAGAACGAUACUCUCCCUGAUGGUACAUUUGUUGCUAAAGGGACAAGGGUAACUUAUCAUCCAUACGCGAUGGGAAGAAUGGAGAGCAUUUGGGGCCAAGAUUGUCUCGAAUUCAAGCCAAAAAGAUGGUUGCAAGACGGGGUUUUUAAGCCACAAUGUCCCUUUAAGUACCCGGUUUUUCAAGGUGGGGUUAGGGUUUGUUUGGGCAAAGAUUUGGCUAUUGUGGAGAUGAAGAGUGUUGCUUUGGCUUUGAUUAGGCAAUUCGACUUUCAAGUCGUUACAAAAGAUGACACUCCAAAGUUCAUGCCUGGCUUGACAGCCACCGUGAGAGGCGGACUUCCGGUCAUGGUUCAAGAAAGACAGCAACAAUAGCCUCAGUCAUAGACAGUGACGAACUCAUAAUUUAGAACUAGCAGAAUUUGAUAGCUUUUAUAAUUAGUUCAAGCGGUUUAGGCUUAGAGAGCUGAACUAUAUAUGUAUAUAUAGACUAAUGUCAAAAGAUCGCUUCUGAUCUAAUAACAAAAGUGUUUGGAAAA